UUACCUUCUUUUGGUCUGCAUUUGAGCUCGCAGUGUUCUCUCUCUCUCUCUCUCUCUCCCUCCUCAGGAUCAGAUACAUACAUCUUUCAAUUCCACGUAUUUAUACACGCAAGUCAAAAUAUAUUUCGACCCAUUCGAUUCCAACUUCUAAGAAGCCGGCCGGUUAAGUUCCCCUCUCUUCUUAUCCAUUCCUUCCGUAAGGCUUGGUCUGCAUUUCAAGAAUAAUUUCGGAAGCAUCAAGAGUUGUCACUAUAAGGGAGUUUCCACCUGUAAAUCAAGCAUGAAUCCACCUAAAGUCAAGCGUAGAGUAGGUAAAUAUGAAGUGGGGAGGACAAUAGGCGAGGGGACAUUUGCAAAAGUGAAAUUUGCAAGGAAUUCUGAAACCGGGGAACCGGUAGCUCUCAAGAUUCUUGACAAGGAGAAAGUUCUUAAACACAAAAUGGCUGAACAGAUAAAGCGGGAAAUAGCAACGAUGAAGCUAAUAAAGCAUCCUAAUGUUGUUAGCAUAUUUGAGGUAAUGGGGAGCAAGACGAAGAUAUUUAUUGUCUUGGAGUUUGUAACUGGGGGAGAGCUAUUCGACAAAAUUGUAAACAAUGGGCGAAUGAGAGAAGAUGAAGCGCGGAGGUAUUUCCAGCAACUUAUCAAUGCUGUUGACUAUUGCCAUAGCAGGGGUGUAUACCACAGAGACCUUAAGCCAGAGAAUUUGCUCUUGGAUUCUUAUGGAACUCUGAAAGUUUCUGAUUUCGGAUUAAGCGCUCUGUCCAAGCAAGUCAGGGAUGAUGGCCUGCUUCACACGACGUGUGGGACACCAAACUACGUCGCUCCUGAGGUCCUCAAUGAUCGAGGUUAUGAUGGGGCAACUGCAGACUUGUGGUCAUGUGGAGUCAUACUAUAUGUAUUGCUUGCAGGUUACUUGCCUUUCGAUGAUUCUAAUCUUAUGAACCUGUACAAAAAAAUUUCAGCAGCUGAAUUUACUUGCCCUCCUUGGCUCUCUCUUGGUGCCAUGAAAUUGAUAAUUCGAAUCUUGGAUCCCAACCCUGUGACUCGCAUCACUAUACCUGAAAUUUUGGAUGAUGAAUGGUUUAAAAAGGGUUAUAAGCCACCUGCGUUUGUGGAAAAAGAAGAUACAAAUUUGGAUGAUGUAGAAGCUGUUUUUAGAGACUCAGAAGAACAUCACGUGACGGAGAAGAAGGAAGAACAGCCGACUGCGAUGAAUGCAUUUGAGUUGAUUGCUAUGUCGAGGGGGCUCAACCUUGGGAAUCUGUUUGAUGUGGAGCAGGGAUUUAAGAGGGAAACGAGGUUCACGUCUAAAUCUCCAGCUAAUGAGAUAAUUAGCAAGAUCGAAGAAGCUGCAAAACCUCUUGGUUUUGAUGUUCACAAGAAAAACUACAAGCUGAGGCUUGAAAAUGUGAAAGCUGGUAGAAAAGGAAACCUUAAUGUUGCUACUGAGGUAUUUCAAGUGGCACCAUCUCUUCAUAUGGUUGAGGUGCGAAAAGCUAAAGGGGACACUUUAGAAUUCCAUAAGUUCUAUAAAAAUCUGUCAACCUGCCUUGAGGAUGUUGUCUGGAAAACUGAGGAGGAGAUGCAAGAAAUGAAGUAAGGGAUUGCCCACUUUGAAGAGU